AUGCCAGGGGUCUCCGCCUACCCGAGCCUAGCGUCCUAUCCUGCCUGGGGAGAUGUUGCCAGGGGGUGGCCAGAGCUUUCAGAUUUCACAAUGACCACCCUCAGUGAAGCAAAUGCUAAAUUUGCCAUAGACUUUUACCACAGGCUGGUCCAUGAGCACCCAUGUGAAAAUGUCCUAUUUUCUCCCGUGAAUCUCACAGCGGCAGUUGGCCUGCUCUUCUAUGCAUCUGGUUGUGAUACUGCAGCUCAUUUGGAAAAGGUGCCUGAUUAUGAGUGUGAGAAACUCACAGCAGUCCAUACUGCUUUCCACAGAAUCCUUGCAGAACUCAAUAAGCCCAGCACCAACUAUGAGCUGAGCUUCGCCAACCGGCUCUAUGGAGACCAGUCCAUUGCUUUCCUUCAGAAAUUCCUGUACUGUGCUCUGAAACUGUACUUGACCGAGGUGGAUGGAGCUGACAUUUACAAUGCCCCAGAAGAAGUACGGAGGCUGAUAAACCUUUGGGUUGAAGUCCAGACACAUGGUAAAAUCCAGGAUCUUCUCCCGAAGGACAGCUUUGAUUGUCUCGCUCAACUUCUGCACGUGAACGCUCUCUACUUUAAAGGGCAAUGGGAUGUGAAAUUUGACAAAGAACUCACCAGAUUGACUUUCUGUUUUCCUUCAUAUUUCUCACAGGACAUUUGCACAAAUGUGCAGCUGAUGUACCGGAAGGGCCAGUAUAAUAUCGGCACAAUUGAGGAAUGUGGUGUGCAGGUGCUUGAGAUUCCCUACAGAAACAAUGAGCUGAGUUUGUUCAUAUUGCUGCCCAGAGACUGUGACCCUGAAUCUCUUCAACAGCUGGAAGACGGACUUAGCUACGACCAACUGCUCAACUGGUCCUGCAUUCUGAAGCCAGAAGAAGUUGAGGUGGUGAUCCCUAAGUUCAGCUUAGAAAAGAGCGUGGAAGUUAAUGCAUACUUAGACCUGUCACCUCUGACUGAUCCCGAGAAAGCGGAUUUAUCUGGCGCAACCACAACAGAAGGUGUGGCUCUGACUCACCUUGUCCAUGAUACUUUUAUCGAGAUUGACGAGGAGGGCAGUGAAGAAGCAGAGGCCCCCGCUUGCCCAAGGGAUAGGCGUCCACGUCAGGAACCAAAAGCAUUUCUGGCUAACCAUCCUUUCUUGUAUUUUGUCCUGCACAAAUGCACCCAAAGCUUUAUUGCCUUUGGCAAAUUUGCUAGACCAGAAUAA